UCUUUUCCAAAUAAAUGAAAUGUUGGCUCUACGCCGCCGGUAAUUACCGAUUCGAACCCUAAUUUUGACAAUGACACGUCUUUUUUUUUCUACGAAAAGUUGUCAACUUGCGUCGUGUUGGAAAAAUUGCAUGUCGCUAUGUUCAGUCACGUCAGUUCUCGAAAUAAAUAAAUUGAACAUGGCUGAUACCGAGGGACAUAAACAUCGGGAUGUGAAUUUCCAUGAGAGCGAAGACGAGGUGGUUGGCAAGCUGUGCUUGCGGCUAGACUAUGUUAAGGCGCUCCAAUUAAUAGAGAAGCCAGCACCGCCGCCCGCGCCCACCGGCCCGCGUGGCGUGCAGGUCGUCAACACAGGGCCCGACCACACCUUCAUACUCGACGAAGAGGCCUUAAAGGAGCUCCUACACGAUGAGGACAUCAGGGAGCGAGCCGUGGUGGUCGUGUCCGUGGCCGGGGCCUUUAGGAAGGGGAAGAGCUUCCUGCUCGACUUCUUCCUCAGAUAUAUGCACCACAAGUACGGCAGCGGCGGCGGCGGUGGUGGCGACUGGCUGGGAGCGCCCGACGAGCCGCUGCAGGGCUUCAGCUGGCGAGGGGGCUCCGAGCGAGACACCACCGGCAUCCUGAUGUGGUCAGAGAUCUUCAAGGCUACUCUAGACAACGGGGAGAAGGUUGCCAUAAUACUUCUGGACACACAAGGAGCUUUCGACAGCGAAUCGACGGUGCGCGACUGUGCGACCGUGUUCGCCCUGUCCACCAUGCUGUCCUCGGUGCAGAUCUACAACCUGUCACAGAACAUCCAGGAGGACGACUUGCAGCACUUGCAGCUGUUCACGGAAUACGGCCGCCUAGCAUUAGAAGACAGUGGUCGCACACCUUUCCAGAGGCUUCAGUUCCUGGUCCGGGACUGGAGCUUCCCGUACGAAGCGGCGUAUGGUGCCGAGGGCGGCAACACCAUACUGCAGCGGCGGCUCAAGGUGUCCGACAAGCAGCACCCGGAGCUGCAGUCCCUGCGCAAGCACAUCACGUCGUGCUUCUCCGAGAUCGCGUGUUUCCUGCUGCCGCAUCCAGGCCUGCGGGUCGCCACCAACCCGCACUUCGACGGCAGGCUCGAAGAUAUAGAGCCCGAAUUCAAGCGAUCACUGCAGCAGCUGGUGCCCAUGCUGCUGGCUCCACAGAACCUCGUGCCCAAGCUCAUCAACGGCCAGAAAGUCAAGGCCAAGGAGCUGGUCCAGUACUUCGUGUCUUACAUGAACAUUUACAAAGGCAACGAGCUGCCCGAACCGAAGAGUAUGCUGGUGGCGACAGCGGAAGCGAACAACCUCACAGCCGUGGCCGAGGCCAAAGAAGUGUACACCACGCUCAUGGAAGAAGUGUGCGGCGGCGCCAAGCCCUACCUGCAGACGCUACUGCUGGAGGCCGAGCACGGCAGGGUCCGCGACAAGGCGCUGCACGCCUUCCACUCCAAGCGGAAGAUGGGCGGCGACGAGUUCAGCCAGUCCUACUGCGAGCAGCUCGUCAGGGACUUAGAGGAGCAAUUCAAGCAGUUCAGCGCGCACAACGAGAGCAAGAACAUCUUCAAGGCGGCCCGCACGCCGUCCGUCUUCUUUGCCAUCGCCAUGUUCUUCUACGUGCUGAGCGGCAUCUUCGGCCUCGUCGGCCUCUACCCCAUCGCCAACCUCUGCAACCUGGCCAUGGGUGUCGCGCUGCUCACACUAGUGCUGUGGGCGUACAUCAGGUAUAGCGGAGAGAUGCGCGAGCUGGGCGUGACCAUCGACGACACGGCCAACGUGCUUUGGGAAAACGUGAUGAAGCCCCUGUACCAAGCCGGGCUGGAGAAGGGCAUGGAGCACGCCGCCCGGGCGGCCGCCGAGGGCGCGCUCGGGCCGCCCUCGGCCGCCGCCAACGGCAAGCACAAGCAGUUGUGAUGGCCGCCGCGAGCGGGACGGCUGCCCGCCCCGCGCGGGCCGGAGCGGGACGGACGCUCAGUGACGUCACGUCUCGAUCACAUAUCACCGGAUCGUAGCCCUAGGGUUACCGGCUUACUUCAGAUUGUCGACUUGCCGAGCCCACUUCUGAUGUCGGAUUUGUUUUAGAAGGCCUUAUUAAAAUGCUGGUGGUAAUCCUAUAUGUGAAUGUGUGUGUGAAUGGACCCGCGCCUCUAUGUCGAUUAGCCGGUAAGUGUACGGUUUUAUCUUAGAGUUAUCGAUGUUUUCGAAGCGUGCGGUGGCGGAUUGUGUUCAUGUCGAGUGCGUAGAAAAUUAUAAGGGUAUCUAGUUUUAGUGUAGGUAAAUUAAUUGUUGCUUUUUGGACUCUUUAUCGAGUCGGCGUUGGACUAAAACGAUAUUUUAGUAGUUAUUGACCAACCGCCGAACCACAUUUUUUUAACUUGAAAUAUCAGACGGUUUUAAUAAAUACAAAUAUAGAAUAGUAGUAUAUAUAUUUUAUAAUCGCGAGCCCAUGUAAGUUUUAGAAUAGCACAAAAAACGAAUAUGGUCACAUUAAGUAAAUCGCAAAAUAUCAAACGGACGGUUUUUGUAUCACUUGUUGUAACGCACGGGAGCGUGGAUGUACUUAAAAAUAUUUGUAGAAUUUCUAAAUUACUCUAAAAUGCAGUGUCAAUAGUUUCAAGUACUUUCAAAAUGUAAAUUGCUACAUGGGGCUAAAAUUGUAGUCAUCUAAGCCUUCUGUAAAUAAUGAUCAGUAGCGACCAAGUUUCUUAAAGUGCCAAUAUAAAUAUAAUCUCUCCCAUAUUGGCCAAAACUGUAUCAAAAUUGGGAUUAUAUUUGUUGAAACUUCAGAGUUUAUUUUGUUAUUACAUAGCGACUUGUAGAGUAGAUUCUGAUAUAUGUAGUUCUACAAAAGUAGCUUUUCUUGCCAGUAUGGCUCGUAUAGAGGAAUCACAAUAACUAGGUUGUGAGGUGUUCGAAACAAUCAUAGGUAUAGAAAGUGUAUAGGUUAAACAACGGAGCAUGUUCUCUUAGAUAUUGAAAUUUUGCUCAAUUUGUGAGAAUAUCUACCAAAAAUACCAGCAUAAACCUUCAACUGCCUGAUUUCAGUGUCGAAAUCAGAAUACUAUACAUUUUGUAUUCAUAUGAAACCUACCCUAUUAUAAAUAAAAGCCAAAAGUGCCUUAACUUCCAUUAAGUUAAGGUAGAACGUGAGAGUAGGAUAGAGGGACUCCGCUGUGCCAAAGCAAUUCUGUUCAGUUCUCCGUCCCUUUCUGUGUGAUCAUUUUGGCUUUCAACAUCUUCCAUCUCUUUCGUAGGAACUAGUCAAACUUUGACUGCUACGCGCAUGACAAUAUUGUUUCGUAUGUAUGUUAACAUUAUACCUAAACAUUUGUCAAAUUAAUAUUCGAUUUUUUGACGUUUGUGUAGGUGAAGAAUUAUAUGUUCUUAUGAAUUAUGAGUCCAUAAUUUUAACUUAGGAUAUGUCAAUUUCAUUAUUAACUAGAUUUUAAUUGUUAAAGUUUACAUUUGGAAAAGAACUUGUUUUAAAUUUAAACGUGAAGAAAUUACUGCCUUGGGUGAGACUUGAACUCUAGUCACGACGACCGUGACCGUGAGUGUCCGUGAGUUCAAGUCUCACCCAAGGCAGUAUUUUUUUUUUACUUUUAAAUUUAUUCUAAGCUUAAUAGCAUCGUUCGCAGAAGUUUCUGCUUGUUAAAAAUUAAUUUAGAACUUGUUUUAUAUAAUAAUCAUGUUCAAUAUGUAUAUCGGUUUACAAAUAUUAUGUCGCUGGUUAUUGUUUAAAAAUUAACGUGAUUUGGUUAUUGUUUUAUUAAAUUUGUACUAUAUUUCGAUUUUAAAUUCUUGCACACUGGAGUCAUAGUGACGAUGACCUCUUAGUUUAAUUUUAGGGCUAAUUUCUAUAGUUCUGGUCGAAGCAAGUGAUGAACGAGAGAAUAUCUUGCUUGGACCAAUAACUAUGACGCACGCCUCCUCGCGGGCCGAGCAACCGACAGCGUGAAACCAUUUAACAUAAGGUAGAAGUACUAGUGCUCGACGCUGCACUAGUACUCGACAUGGGCACUUUAUGUCAAAGUGACAAGGAUUAAGUUCGAAUACAGAAAAAUCUUCGUUGUUCAAAUUUAGCCUAUAUUUCCAUGAAAUAAAGUGCCCAUGUCGGUGACUAGUGCAGCGUCGAACACUAGUACUUCUACCUUACUAUAGUACAAACUUUUUAUUGACCUCUGAAACAUGAUACCAUCGCCCACACUGUUAACUGUCCAUAGGUGGACCUUAUUAUAUAAGGCAUAAGGUCCACCGAUGGACAGGUCAGAGUGUUGCUGUUCGUACGUUGAAUUUACACCUCUAAGGCCCACUUGCACCAUCCCACUAACCCGGGGUUAACCUUAAACCUGGCGUUACCAUGGUUACCAGUACAAUUUGACACUGUGUUAACCGCUUAACCCAUGGUUAGUGGGUUGGUGCAAGUGAGACGCUCUGUCGGUUUCCGGCCAAAGCUAAUCCUUCUGCUCAAUUUCACUCGUAAUAAGUAAAAUGUUGAACAAGAUGUUAUUUAUGUUACGCCGGAGUAUAUUAGUGUUAUUGUAAGUUUAUUUGGAACAGUAGCGUAAGGUACAGGUGUUGUUGGCGGGCGCUUCGCUGUGGUUAAUUAUGAUGGCCAGUGGACUGUUGUUCAUUUAUUACAUACCUUUGAACAUACCUUUUCUGAGAUGUGCAUAAGGUUAUUUUUGCUUUGUACCAUAGGUUUUAUACUCUGGAUUCAAACUGUUUUGUAAAUAAGUAAUUUCGCCUUGUGUAAAUGUACAAUUUUUUGGUUAUAUUAAUUUCCUUUGUUUGUUUUAGUACGUUUAUUUUUCGCCAACGAAAAUGUUACUGAAAUUUGGAGUUUAAGACAUCAAAUCAUUAAAAAACACUUCACUUUUAUGUGUCAGUAAGUAUAUUUAUAAAAACUCAAGUAACAUUGAAACGUCAAAAAUAAAAUGUGAGAACCCAUGUUUAAAAAAUCAACACCUUACUAUACCCCGUUUUUUCGGAUUAGAUUUUUUGUAACCUCAAAAGUAGUGGUAAUUUUUUUUUUCUUUCGAAAUGCUAGGGUUCCUAUGAUAUCUAAUAUUGCGGUACAAUAAUAUGUAAACGACACUAUAAUGCAGUGCAUAGUUACUCAGAUUUAAUUUUGGAAGAAAAAAGUUAGCAAUAAUUUUAAGGUUAUAAAAUUCCAAAUCUAAAAAAAAACCCCUAUAAUGAUUGUUAAUGGGCUUUUAACAUAACCUUUUCUCAACGAGUCCCACAGCGAAGCCCCCCGGCCGUCCCAGCUCAUGGUGUAAGCAAUAUGCGAGAGGACUGUUUCUAUGCGUUGCCUGUUUUGUGCCAUAACUGCGGGCACUCACCCCGCACACCAUAUUAAAAACCUUAUUUUCAAUGGUAUAAAUACCAUUUCAGAAUGGCAAAACGGAUACUUAAGACUAAUCCUAGUUUUUAUAGCCCAGAUACUGAAUGACACUACGAUUGCCCUACUUUAGGGCUACCUCACACUAGCGUCUCGACCGUCGGCGUGUAGUCAGCGCUAUGGAAAACGGCGUCGCAGUAGCAGCUAUAGGGAGCGUGCAUGAACUGUAGGAGGCAGCACAGGUCAGAUUUUUGGCGCGAGGCGUAAAUGUGAUGUUUAUUGUUCCGAUGUAGCCCACAAGAUGGCAGAGCCUACUAUGCACAAGAAAACACGUUACGUGUAAAUGUACAUAUUUAUGGUUCCGAUUCAGGCCACAAGAUGGCAGACCCUCCAACGCGCACAGUCCCUAUAGAGUUGACUAGACGCCGACGCUCGGGAGACGCUAGUAUGCACUGGCUCAUAUUCAGCUCAUCUGUCAAUUUACAAUAUUUGGGUUGUAUAUAUCGUGUCAUUCACGAAAAUGCAUUCACUCGUAAUGUCAUGUUAUUAAAGAUUGUUUGACAAAACUGCACGUCACCGAGGAUGGCACGAACUAUAAAGGAUGACUCACGCCAGACUGGGCCGGGGCCGAGCCGGAGCUCCCGGCGCUUUGUUUUCUAUGGAAAAAGCCACGUGAUCACCGAUCAGGCGUCAUGGAAAGUGAUGAAAACGAUGCUCCGGCUCGGCCCUGGCCCUGUCUAGCGUGAGUCAUCCUUAAUGCGCGCAAAUUGAAUUGUCAUUUAAGUAUCUCGGAUAUAAAAACACAGCUUAAUAUUGAAAUUUAUUUAAAAGUUCAGUACAAAAUUAUAAUUUGAUGUGAUUUGAAGGUGUGCCGAGUCAGACGCCCGCAGUGCAGAUUGUCAGAUAAAACAUUUAUUUAUAUAUUUUAUUCAAGUUUCGAGUGUUGGAGAGUUUUACGCGAUUUGACAAACCACGGCUUCUGGCAAUCGACGCUUUGGACACUUUCGCUUGUAGUAUAAUUUUGCUCGUUGUAAAUUAGACUCUGUCGCGGGGUACUAAGUCGGGUUUUCCCGCGCGACGCGGGCUAGACUAUGUACAUGGUUUCGGCUAGGUUAAUUACGAUAACUGUACGCAAUGUAUUAAUAAAGAUCUUAUUUUUA